ACUUCGCGAACACGAACGUGACGUGAUCUUGUACAAUGUUCCUAUAACAUGUUCGUUUGUCGACUACAGUAAUUCAGUAACCAUUUUAAUCGUACGUUGUAUACACAUAGAAAAAAUUCUCAGUGCAAUUUUUUUUCUCCUCUUUUGUGUAUGUGUUAUUGAUUUUAAAAGGCUACAAGGCUGGUUAUUGUAGUGGUUCGUAUAUGUGUUCGUAAUGGGCUCACUAUGCAGCUGUGGUUGAAAAAUUUCCAAGUGUUUUUGGUUAUACUUCAAUGCCUGUGACUGUGAUUGUGUGUAUUACCGUAUUGACGAGAUUAAAGGGUAAAAUCGCCGCGCGAUAAUCGAAUAUCGUUGAUAAGCCGAGUUGAAAUAGGUAAAUAUUGGAAAAAAACUAGGUACUAUACCUAGUGGUGUAAAUUUUAUCGCGACCAAUAUUUUAUUAGUACUUUUUUUGAUGGCUUUAAUAAUUUUGGUCUAAACAACUUUGGCACGUACUAAGUAGUACUAUUUGUUCUCAGAUUACGAAAUGUUGUCGGUUUUUAUGUCGAUGUCGGCGGCAUAAUUGAUUCGAGAUUACGUAGUGUUUCGCGUAUGUACGAUGCACGUAUUAUUAUAGUACCUACUUAUACUGUGUGUGCUAUCGUUAUCAGCUGAGCCAUCGAGUUUGUGAUGUGUAUUCGAGUUUUCGCGAUCGUUGUGCGAUCGUAGUUCAGUGCAAGAUUCGUUCGAUCGGACGCCUCGACGACUCGACGGUGCCCUCUUGUCUAAGGGCUUCGAACUAUAUGUACCAUGAACAUCGAUACUGCGGAUAUUUUGCAUAUGAGCUUUACAAAUGCUGAGAAUAAUUGUCGAAAAUCACUGGCUAUUGGUACGAAAAGCGGGUAUAGGUUGUUUUCUUUGCAUUCGGUAGAUUCACUGGAUCCUAUUUACAAUACCAACGAAUUUGACGAAAUCCACAUUGUCGAGAGGCUAUUUAGUAGCAGUUUAGUUGCCAUAGUUGGCUUAUCGUCGCCUAGAAAAUUAAGAAUAUGCCAUUUCAAAAAAGGAACCGAAAUAUGCAACUACAGUUACUCGAACAGUAUUCUUUCAGUCAAACUGAAUCGUAUGCGUUUGGUGGUAUGCUUGGAAGAUUCACUGCACAUACACAACAUACGCGACAUGAAGGUUCUGCACACGAUACGUGACACGCCUCCUAACACAGCCGGAUUAUGUAGUCUAUCGACGAACAGCGAUAAUUGCUAUUUAGCUUAUCCUGGAUCGAGUACAAUCGGCGAAGUACAGAUUUUUGAUGCCAUAAAUCUCCAUUCAAAAACCAUGAUCGCUGCUCACGACAGUCCACUGGCGGCGUUGGCUUUCAGUCAUCAAGGUACCAGAAUCGCAACGGCUAGCGAGAAAGGAACCGUUAUACGAGUGUUCAACGUUAACGACGGAUCAAAAUUAUUCGAAUUUCGACGAGGCAUGAAGAGAUGUGUGACCAUUCGUAGCAUGGCUUUCAGCAUGGACGGAAAUUAUCUAUGCUGUUCCAGCAAUACCGAAACGGUGCACGUUUUCAGAUUAGAAGAACCUAAAGAUCUCAAACAGAAACCACCUAUAGAAGAUUCGCAAACCUGGAUGGGUCUUUUCACAAAAGCCGUCUCUGCUUCAGCGAAUUAUCUACCGGCUCAAGUUACGGAUGUAUUUAACCAAGGACGCGCUUUCGUCUCCGUUCAUUUGCCAUAUUCGGGGAUGAAAAACGUUUGCGCCGUUGUUGUAAUACAAAAGGUGCUUCGAUUACUGGUGGCGUCUUCGGAUGGUUACCUUUACGUUUAUAAUUUAGACAUGGCCGAGGGAGGCGAAUGUCCGAUGUGGAAACAACACAAAAUUCAUACAGGCGAUAUGCGAGAAGGUUUCACCGACGAGUACUAUAAGCAGAUACGCUGUGCCGAAUGUAGGGCCCCAAGAUUCAAAACAAAAUAUAAGUCUUACAAAUUGGAUGGAACCGAUGGAAAACCAGAAAAGAAAUCCAAAAAUGCUCAGAAACUAGAUAAAAAGCCCGAGUUACCAGAUCCAGAUCGCAUUGGUAGCUAUGCAGGGGUACUCAAAGGACACUCACGAAACUCUCUGUCAGAUUCCGAUAAAUACCACGAAAUGUCGGCGGCUGUAGCCGAACCACCAAAGGAUGGUCUGCGGUUAGACGACGAUUCGGAAUUCCCGCCAGUACCUUCGUCGGUAUAACAGUCGCUUUUCUUUAAUUCCGACGGAUUCUCGUCGUUGGAAUUAAAGAAUAAUUAUAAAGUGUAUUUUUACUCCGAGUAAAAAGCAGAAAAACAUAAAAAAUAAAAGUAAAAAAAAGAAAAAAACGCACUUUGGAAAAAAAUAUUAAAGGAGAUAUUACCCUAUAUAAUUAUUUUAAUCGUGUCAUGUUAAAAGUAAUUUCGCUUGGUUUUAUUUUUCUUUUUUCUUUUUAAUACAUUUUAUUAUUGACUGUGUAAGAGAAACAAAAACAAGAUAAAAAAACAAAACAAAACAAAAAGAAUCACUAAUUUUUAAAAUAUACAUAUUAUUUGUAUUUUUAGUUCGUACCUACGUCAAGUUUUAUUAUUAUUGUACAUAUAUUAAAUACGUAACAGAAUUUUUCGUCUGUGUUUUUAUUAGUUUUAUUAACGUUUUGAUUUUUUGACCCUUUUAUUUUACUUUUUUUUUCUCUCCCCCUCUCUCUUCUUUUUUGUUCUAUACAUACUAUUUUUUUUCUACAGCUUUUUAUGCUUUGUGUACAUAAUUUGCGAUUAUGUAAAGAUCUCAUGUUUUAAUAUUUCCGUUUAUUUGAUUUUUGAUUUAUUAUACGAGUAGUACAUAAGAUCAAUGUACUGUAUAUGUCGCAGUUUAUUCAAAUAAAAAUCAUUUGUCUCUUUUA